AUGCUUCUGGCUAGAGAUCUAUUCCACCUUUCCCUGGAAGAGGAAAAGAAAAAAUAUAAGAAGAAACAGCUGGUUCAGAGCCCAAGUUCUCAUUUCAUGGAUGUGAAAUGUCCAAGUUACUACAAGAUUACUACAGUUUUCAGCCAUAUUCAGACAGUGGUUCUUUGUGUGUGUUGCUCAACAGUGUUGUGCCAGUUCACAGGAGGAAAAAGCCAGGCUCACAGAGGGCUGUUCAUUUAG